AUGACAACCCAAGAAACAACAGAAACUGCAACCUUUAAUGUGGGAGGCAAAAUCUACAAAGUCUCCCGCGCAACUCUGGACAAGUUCCCAGAUACCAUGUUGGCCCGAAUGGCUUCAAAAACAUGGCAAGAAAAUCCAGAGGCGGCAAUGUUCAUUGAACGUGAUAGCGAGCGCUUUCGCUUUUGUUUGGACUACAUGAGGGAUGGCAAGGUACAUUUGUCGCCAGUGGUCUCCAAAGAGGCACUCCUCGCGGAUCUCCAAUGCUUUGCAUUUGAAGACGUCAAGGAAUCAGACAUCGAUUGGAGUGGUAAUUAA